AAACCCGCUGAUCAGAAGUCAGCGUGCGUACUCCGGCUUCCCGGCCAACCGCGAGAGGAGGACUCCCACGGAAACCGACUCAAAGUCAGUUUAGCGGCGGCGUAGGUCCGGUGGUUUGUAUUUGUUGUCACGGGAUGCGCUUCCUCCACAAAGAGGCCAAAAAGUAAACACAUACCUAGGUAGAAGCUAGUGGCAGCAGGGAUGAGAAAAUACUGCCGGCCAUCUGACGCCACCUCAGUUAACGUUUGUCCUGUCGGAACAAAACCCUGAUUUGUUUUUAUCUAGAGAGCUCACAAGGCAUUCAACGAAAGGAGAGGGGAAGAUGGAGAUGCUGUGUUUCCGGUUACCGGGUCACGGGGAUACGACCCUGAAGCACAUGAAUUUGCUGAGGUCCCGCCAGCAUUUCUGUGACAUCACCAUCUUGGCCAGCAACAACCAGACCUUCAGGGGACAUAAGGUGGUGCUCGCGGCCUGCUCGCCCUUCCUGAGAGACCAGUUCCUCCUCAACCCGUCCCCGAAGCUUCAGGUGUCAAUGCUGUAUAGCUCGACAGUGGUGUGUGAUCUGCUCCAGUCUUGUUACACUGGGGUGCUGCAGUUUAACCCAGAGGAGAUUGUCAACUACCUGACCGCUGCCAGCUACCUGCAGAUGGAGCAUAUUGUGGAGCGCUGCCGAGGAGCUCUGAAGAAGUAUGUCCAGCUAAAGAACCCCAGUUCACCAAAGAUAACUGCAGAGGAGAGUCAGUCUCAACCAGUGAUCGUCAGUGGCAGCAUCCAUUCUGUUGCAUCUCCUCCCACCAGCCGACCCUCCCCUGUGGAACCACACCAUCAUUUAGUAAAAUCCGUUGAGGAGAACAAACGUGAUAAUUCUGCUCAGGGCAGCAGUCAACACCGUGAUGACAGUCCCAUGCUGGAUGAGCCAUGUAUUAAGGUUAAUGUGUCAGACGAGGAGGAAGAGACCAGACAGGAGGACUGUGAUGUGUUCAGAGUGUACAUCUCCGAAGAGGAGCAGACAAACAGAGACAGGGAGGAGGAGAGAGGAGCUCCCUCUGAUGGACCUCAAGAUGCUUGUUACCCAGAGACAGAGGGUGUCGUGAUCGGAGGAGAAGGCAGCGAAUAUGACUUGAAUCGAACAGAAGAAGAUCUCAGCACUGGGGGACUUUCAGUGGAAGGCCUCCGCGCUAUCAGACGCAGGCUGCCUGACCCAAAAAUCGUCCAGGGCAGAGGGAGAGGCAGGGGGAGGGGUUUCAAAAGGAGAAGGUGGGUGUCAUCUCAGGAGAAAAGACCUCCAGGCAUGGCUCACCACCAGGAUUUGUGGUACUUAGCGACUGCUGGGUUGGGAGGGGGUAUCGGGCUGGACUACAGCCAAGAAGGGCUGAAGACGGGAAGUUACAUAUCAGUCGAAGUCCCACGGUUGGACUUCAGCAUGGGCGAUGCUAAGGGAGAAAAAGUUUCCCCACUGGCAGCCAACAAUUUGAACCAGUAUUCUCUGGAGGAGUCUAGUUGUGGUGCUGGUGAGGGGAGUUCAGGUUUGACACCUGUUGGAACAAAUGAGGGAGGGGAUGAGUCCGUCGCAGUUGUGGGGUCUACUUCAAGCGUAGCAGGGCCUGUAAUCUGUGAGCACUGCGGCAUGACUUUCCCCUCAGCCCACUCUCUAGCUAUCCACUCCCGCUCCACUCACCUACUGUAUGCCUGCCCCUGCUGUGGCAAACACUUCCACCACUCUGCCAACCUCACGCGACACAUGGCCGUGCACCGGGGCGCCGGCAAAACCCACCAGUGCCCCCUGUGCUAUAAGACUUUCACUCAAAAAUCCACACUGAUAGACCACAUGAACCUCCACAGUGGCGAGCGCCCACACCGCUGCGCGUACUGCCACGCCCGCUUUGCCCACAAGCCCGCCUUACGACGCCACCUGAAGGAGCAACACGGAAAAACCACAGGGCAGAACUCUCUACAUGAGCAGGAGGAGAUCGAGAGAGCGAGAGGAGCUGCUGGAAUCCGAGAGGAAGAACAAGAAUGCCUGGUUACUGAACAAGUGUCAUAGGCCAAAGAAUUAAAGACAGUGAAGUUUCUAAACUAAAGCUCCUCAGGCUCGACAGCUUCUUUACGUUAAAUUUUGCAGAGUUGAGUGCUGUCCAGUGGGGAGAUCAGUCUGUGGGGUUGCAUGUGGAUGUAAACAAGUGCUGUAAAUUAACUAUGAGGCCUUUUUAAAAUCUCAGACUGUGAAAAUAAAAACUGUCACAUUAAAUAUUUUUAAAAUUUGCAUAAAAAUA